AACUUAUCUAAAAAUUCAAAAAAAUUUGUUUACAUUUACGGCUCAUAGAAGUCAAAGUGUUUUUUAAAUACCAAAAACCCAUUCAUUAAAUCCAAUUCAAUAGUCAUUUCAAAGCAUUUAGUACUCAAACAUGUGUUAACGCGUCGGCGAAAAGCCAUUUCAAUACAACAGCUGCCUAUCGACUGGUCGAUCGCCACCACUAUAGCCAUGAUAUUGUCUUUAUUCAACAUAUUCCUGUUCGCCACGGAAGUGGUCACCCUUUUAGCCAAAAUAGCGCUCAUAUUCAUCCAGCAAAUGGCCAAAUGGGUGCUCACGCAGCCCCGUAAGCACGUGACCGGACAGGUGGUGGUGAUCACGGGCGCCGGCAGUGGCAUAGGCCGGGCGCUGGCCAUGAGGUUCGCCAUACAGUUGUCGGCGGUCACCGUCCUGUGGGACGUCGACCGGGAUUCCGUGGAGGAGGCGGCCCGCGAGAUCCGGGCCCAGGGAGGUGUGGCCCACGCCAUGACUGUCGACGUGUCCGACGAGAAGCGGGUGGAAGUGGCGGCCCGACAGGUCCGCGAACAGGUGGGCGCCGUCUAUAUGGUGAUCAACAACGCCGGUGUCGUGCCGUGUCUGCCGUUCAACGAACUCACGUACCAACAGAUCCGCAACACGUUUGACGUCAACGUUAUGUCACACUUUUGGACAUUGAAACAGUUCCUGCCGGUGAUGGAGGAGUGCGGUCGCGGACACAUCGUCGCCAUCGCCUCGUCGGCCGGCAUUAUGGGCAGCCCUUACUUCACGGCCUACGGCUCGUCCAAACACGGAGUGGUAGGGCUCAUGUCGUCGCUGCGCAAAGAACUGCACGCAAUGGACAAACACACGCAGAUCAAGAUGACCACCAUCUGCCCGCUCGGCAUCAGCGGCACCCGCAUAGACAUACCCACGCGAACCCGAUUCCCCAAAAUCUUGCCCAUUAUGACGCUGGACUUCGCGGUCGACCAGAUGGUGGACGGCAUACUCCGCGAAGAGGACCUAUUCGUCAUUCCCCUAACAUUCCGAUGGAUUUAUUUUGUUCACCGGUUAGUCCAUUUCCCUAUACCUUACCAUUACAUGCCUGUCCUCUGUGUUGAGACGCGACUAAUCAAAUGUUUGUUGUCUUUUGAGCGCAGUUUAUGUCCACUAAAAGUGUCGCAAUUGUUGUUUGAGUUCCUGGACUACGCUGUGGAGCCCCCGGGCUUUAACGCGCCGGUAGGUCGCAGCCACUAUCACGACAACCACAGAGUGAAUAGCAAUCAUCGCAAUCACCACUGA